GGAUAGAGGCUGUCACAGUGGAGGAAGAGGAGGUAGAAGCUUUCAGAAUGAAAAAGGAGGAAGAGGAGGCCAUAACACUGAAAGAUGAAGAAGAUGAUGUUAUAGAGAAAUAACCCUUUGGAGAGGAAGAGGAGGCUAUGUUAAGAAAAGAGGAGGAGGAAGACGUUUUGGGAGAGGAGGAGGAGACUGAAGAUCUGAUUAACACCAGAGAGAGACCAGACUCUGACAGCGGGAAGAGUCCUUCAAAGGAACCAGACCCAGAAAUGUCCAAACCAGCAGGACAACACCACUGUUCCCACUGUGCAAAGAGUUUUACCAAGUUACAGAACCUAAAAGUGCAUGAGAGAACACACAGAGGAGAAAAGCCUUUCCACUGCUGUCAGUGUGGAAAGAGGUUUACCCGUUUAGAGAACCUGAAACAGCAUGACAGAAUACACAGAGGGGAGAAGCCUUACCAUUGUUCCCAGUGUGAAAAGAGCUUUAGGUCGUUAGGCACCCUGACAACGCAUGUGAGAAUACACACAGGAGAGAUGCCUUACCACUGUUCCCACUGUGGAGAGAGUUUUAGAUGGUUAGGGAGCUUGAAAACGCAUGAGAGGACACACAACCAAGAAAAGCCCUACCAAUGCUCCCAGUGUGGAAAGAGAUUUACCGAGUUAUGGUACCUGAAAAUACAUAAUAGAAUACACACAGGAGAAAGGCCUUACCACUGUUCCCACUGUGGAAAGAGCUUUAGUAGGUUAAUGAACCUGAAACAGCAUGAGAGAAUACACACAGGAGAGAAGCCUUACCAAUGUGCCUUGUGUGGAAAGAGUUUUACCCAGUUAGGGAACCUAAAAGAGCAUGAGAGAAUGCACACAGGAGAGAAGCCCUACCAAUGCUCCCUGUGUGAAAUAAGAUUUACCCGGUUACGGAACCUGAAAGAGCAUGAAAGAAUACAUACAAAUACACAGGAGGAGAAGACAUACCACUGCUCUCAUUGUGGAAAGAUAUUUUCCCAGUCAGAGGACCUGAAAUCACAUGAGAGAAUAAAGAGGCUGUGUUCUGACUUAUGUUUUUGACUGAGAAUUAGUGUUUUUGUUUAUGCCACAUGAAAUCAAUAUGUAUGAAAGCUUACUUAGAAAUAGUUCUACUUUUUAAAAAUUAUCUCAGAUAAAAAGCUUAAAAUGUCUGCUUUGUUUAUCCACUUUAAUAUAUUGGAUACAAGUAGAAUCCCUUAGAUUUAAUUUGAUAUUUUAUUAAUGUAAAUGACUAAAUAGACCAGGGGAAGACCAACCCUGUUCCUGUCUUGACCCCUUAAAUAGAUUAAUAGAAUGUGCAUUUCUUGAUUCUAACCUUGGAACCUCCAUUAAUUUAGUUGUUGUUGUUUCAUUGAGUUAAUUGGUGUAUUUUAGUCGUCAAGCUAAAAGGUGUAUGAAAAUGCGAUGACGUUGUUCUGAUAACAUUGAUAAGUUGUUGGUUGACAUGUUCUCUGUUGUCCUGCAUACUGAAUGUGCGUACGUCAUUGGUUUUGUGUUGUGUGUUAUGUUCUGAAGGUCAAUCCUUUCUCUGUCUUGCUUUCUAGCCGCUGCCUGAUCAAACUGUCUGUUAGCGUAAUGGACUGCAUGUUAUGCCAUGUUCUCAGCAACAUUUACAUAGACGUGCAUAGACACAGUACAAUACUGGAAUAAUACCACACAUUUGAAUGCCAACUGAAACUGUAAUGAGUGAUCCAACUCUAACUGUAUCCUCUUGGUGAAAGGAAUAAACAAAACCAAGAAACCUGUUGAGAUCCUCUCCUGAUCCUCUCGUCUCUUAGGCAGGUCAUGUCAGAUAUAUGUUUAUUACCAGUUACACAUCUAAAACCAAGAAACCUGUUGAGAUCCUCUCCUGAUCCUCUCGUCUCUUAGGCAGGUCAUGUCAGAUAUAUGUUUAUUACCAGUUACACAUCUAAAACCAAGAAACCUGUUGAGAUCCUCUCCUGAUCCUCUCGUCUCUUAGGCAGGUCAUGUCAGAUAUAUGUUUAUU